AGUUAUACAGUGUGACAUGUUAAUCUGAUGUGAGCAACGCCUCACCUCAUUCUGCCAGCCUGUACCCCCUCAUCACCCCUCGUCUCUCAUCCAGAGAGAUUUUGAGCUCUGUUUCUUCAGUGCAGCACUUCUGAAUCUCCUUCAGCUGAGCCACUAGAGGAUUUCGGCAUCAUGGCUGCUACCGGAACAUUCCGCAUGGUGUCCGAGGAGGAGCAGGCAUUACGUGCCAAGCUCGAGCAUCUGACCAUUAACGAUCAUGGGCCGGUGUAUGGGCCUUGUAAGAAUCUUCCAGACCACACAGUGCAGAAGGCUAAAGAUGAAUUGAAUGAGACUGAGGAAAGGAGGGUCUCUUUUGUAAAAGAACUGAAGGUCAUGAUGAAAGACAAGGCAAGCAAAGGGGACGAUCUCGCCAAUGCUGUUCAGGAAAAAUUUGGGGACAAACCAGACUCCCUCCUGCUGAGGUUCAUACGUGCUCGCAAGUUUGAUGUGACAAGAGCACAUGAGCUCAUGAAAGGCUAUGUGCGUUUUAGGCGAGACUACCCUGAGUUGUUUGAGAAUUUAACCCCAGAGGCAGUACGUAGUACCAUUGAAGCUGGUUACCCACGAAUCCUCUCCACCAGGGAUAAGUAUGGCCGUGUGGUGCUGCUCUUCAACAUUGAGAACUGGGAUCUAGAGGAGGUCACUUUUGAUGAAACUCUGCGUGCAUACUGCAUAAUCCUUGAGAAACUUUUGGAAAAUGAAGAGACCCAAAUCAACGGUUUUGUCCUCAUUGAGAAUUUCAAGGGCUUCACCAUGCAGCACGCGUCUGGCAUCAAACACACAGAGCUGAAGAAAAUGGUAGACAUGUUACAGGAUUCUUUCCCAGCACGGUUCAAGGCAGUGCAUGUGAUCCAUCAGCCUUGGUACUUCACAACCACCUAUAAUGUAGUGAAGCCCUUCAUGAAGAGCAAACUGCUGGAGAGGGUUUUUGUACAUGGUGAUGAGCUGGAUGGCUACUUAAGGGAUUUUGAUGCUGAAAUCCUUCCUCCAGACUUCGAUGGGACAGGCCCCGAGUGUGAUGGCAAAGAGACGGCAAUCAAGCUGUUUGGCUCUGAAGACACAGCCCUUUAAAUGACAGAAACCAAUACUAAAAAAAACUACCUUUUAUACACCUUUAUUUUGAUUAAGGCAUUAGAAUGUUUUUUAGAAACUAUAGAUAAAAACAUAAUAAUACUGUAGUAAUACAGUGGUUGCAAGAAUGGUCAUGUUAACAGAGAUGGAAUCGAUACAGAUCUUACAUGAUCAUAUUUGAAACUCCUCUGAAAUAAUUGCCACUUUCUGUGUAUGUACAAAGAGAAAUUGGUUUACUGCCACUGAAGUGUCACUUAACCUCUUUGCCUGGAAAAACUGUGGCCUGGGGUGUUUCUUAAGAAAGUUUUGUACUCAUAACGUGUAGAAAAUAACUGUUGUAAAUAGUGUCAGACAAAUAAUACCAUGCCUUGACAAAGAAAUAAACAGUCUCUUAAUGUGUUUUAUUUGAACCCUUUAAGCUUGGAUGGGCCCGCCAAAAAAAAAAAAAGAAACUACAGUCAUGACCAACAUAAAAUAGGUUUCGUUUGACAGCUUAGAAGCUCUAUUUUACAAUGCAUGCUGGCAUUAUGACCAAAACUGAGCACGUGCUUUGAAAUUAGCAGACAAAUGAGAAGUGUUCCAUUUUGAUAAUAUACCAAAUUGGGUAACACUUUAGAAAUACUGUAUCUUACUUAAUGCAUAACUAAUAAGGAAUUACUGCAGAACUAAUAGGUCAUUCUUCAUUAACACUUAAGUCACUACUAUUAACUAGUAAGGAAGAUGUGUUAACUAAUCAGUAUGUAAUAA